GCACACUACAUCAUCACACGAAAGCAGGUGCACGCUUUACUGUCUGGAACAGAACAACUUUUACCCAAAACACAUUCCUUUCCACGCACCUUCUUCUUCUUUUUAUCUCUUACACUCAGAUAGAUAGACUCAUGAUAAUCUCGCUCUUCUAUUCUAUCUCGUGACUUCUUCUUUCUCUUUCUCUCCAUCAUAAUCAAAUUAACUAACUAACUUCUCUAUUCUUCCAUUCCAUUCCACAUGAUUUUUAUUUCUCACCACCAUGCGUUCCCCUCAGCCACUUCACAACGGCGUCGCCGAUAACAACCGUUCACCUUCUGCCCCUCGUUUCCACUCCACCGUCGCUGAACACAAACUCCGUCGUUUCAAUUCACUCAUCCUCGUCUUCCGUCUCACCUCUUUUUCAUUCUCCCUUGCUUCCUCUAUCUUCAUGCUCGCCACUUCUCGCACCGGUGAUUCUCCUCGCUGGUACCAUUUCGACACCUUCAGAUUCGUUGUUGCUUCGAAUGCAAUUGUUGCUACAUAUUCUCUAUUCGAAAUGUCUGCUUCCGUUUGGGAAAUUUCAAGAGGAGCAACACUUUUCCCUGAAGUCUUGCAAGUUUGGUUUGAUUUUGGCCAUGACCAGAUUUUCGCGUAUCUGCUAUUAUCGGCGAGUGCGGCAGGAACAUCGAUGGCGAGGACACUAAAGGAUAUGGACACGUGUACGGUGAGCAAUUCGUUCUGCGUGCAAACGGACAUAGCAAUAGCAUUAGGAUACGCGUCGUUUCUGUUUCUAGGGUUUACGUCGUUGUUAUCUGGAUUCAGACUCGUUUGUUUCAUAUUAAACGGUUCUCGUUUUCAUCUCUGAAUCUUUUCCGAUGAGUUUUGCGUGGAAACGACGUCGUAGAGGAAUGCCGGAGGGGAAUAUUUGGGUGGGGUCAGGACCAGUGUUUUAUUGGUACUCUCAACAAUAACAAUAGGAUGUGAUGUGAUUUGAUUUGGGUCAACAUGAUUGGUAGAUGAAGAAGAAGAAGAAAACUAUGAGUUGAAAAUAUGCGCGUGACUUUGAUUUUUGAGGCCAUACUUCAAUAGAUUACUGUAGCUAAGUAUUUGUACCACAUCUAUUUCUAUUCAUUUUUCCACUUAAUUUCAUACUGCUGGUUAGACUUUA